UGCUCAGGGAUUCUUCAGAGCAGUCACUGUGUUGCGACGCACAAAGUAUUGGCACCCCAAUAACGGGUUAUACAAGCAGGUGAGAAGAGAGGUGCCAAUACUUUUUGUACUGCACUAUAUCAUCAUCUCACAAACAUUCUGAGCAGUAAAAGUAGGAACAUGAAAUGAGUGCACGUGAAUUGAAACCGAAACUAAAACGAAGCUCGAGAUGUGCUUUUCUUCGCCAUGAUCCCUCAGGUUGUGUUCGCCCUGGGUGGACCAGGAGCCGGGAAAGGAACCCAAUGCUCCAAAGUCGCACAGCACUACAGCUACACACACCUGUCCGCUGGAGAUCUGCUGAGAAAAGAGUGUCACCGAACAGACUCGGAGUUCAGCCAGAUCCUCAACAGCUGCUUCCAGCGAGGAGAGUUUGCUCCUGUGGAGAUCACAAUCAUCUUACUGAAGAAGGCAAUGGAGGAGACCAUGAAGAGCGAGGAGAAGUUCCACUUUCUCAUCGACGGCUUCCCUCCAGACGAGGAGAACUUGCGAGGCUGGACGAAACUCAUGGACGGCAAAGCGGACGUCAAAUUCGUCCUAUUUUUGGACUGCAGUAACGAGAUUUGCAAGAACAGGUGCCUAGAAAGAGGGAAGAGCAGCGGGAGGGACGAUGAUAACAGCGAAAGCUUGGAGAGAAGGAUCCACACUUAUGUGAAGUCCACGCGUCCGGUUAUAGAGCGCUAUGAGAAGCAGGGGAAAAUACGCAGCAUCGACGCUUCACGCUCCAUCAGUGAGGUUUUCGCCGACGUGAAGUCAGUCUUCGACAGAGAGGGUUGAUCCUGCUGACUCCGCCCCCCAGUGACAUCACCACCUGAUUGAUUUAUUUACAGGUUUUUUACAUUCUUUGUUUAAAAGUGUGUGUAAAGUGUACCCCUGGGUAAUUUCAGAGAAAUGUCCUCCUUAUUGUUAAACAUGGUUUUACACCUUUUUCUAUUUGUUUUAAAUAAAAUGAAACCAAGCAA